AUGUCGUCCCUUUACCGCCUCCUCCGCCGCACAUUUUCCACCGCUACCUCCGCCGCAAUCGCAGACAACUCCAAUUCCAAAGCCAAAUCACUCUCUAGAGAAAUCUAUAGCGAACGCAAUUUUGAGCAACUCGUAGAAAAAUUCAAAAAUGCAUCGGUGGAUGAGCGCUUUCGUAAAAAACAUGCAGUUUACAAAGAAACAAUUCGCCGUCUCGCAGCCGCCAGGAAAUUGCACUACGUAGAAGAAAUUCUAGAGGACCAGAAGAAGUAUAAGGAUAUAUCAAAAGAGGGUUUUAAUGCUCGUUUGAUUACUCUUUAUGGUUCAGUGCGCAUGUUCGAUAAUGCACGCAAGGUGUUCGAGGAAAUGCUUGAAAGAAAAUGUGAUGUGACGGUCUUGUCUUUUAAUGCGCUGUUGGGGGCUUGUGUUAACUCGAAAAAGUUUGAUGAAGCAGAAGGAUUAUUUAAAGGGUUUUCAAAGGAUUUAGAGAUUGAGCCAGAUUUGAUUUCGUAUAAUACUAUCCUUAAGGCAUAUUGUGAGAUGGGUUCAUUGGAUUCGGCAGUUUUGUUGCUAGAUGAGAUGGAGAAGAAAGGUUUGGAGCCUGAUUUGAUUACUUUUAAUACGCUUUUAUUUGGGUUUUAUGUAAAAGGAAGGUUUGUUGAUGGGGAAAAUAUUUGGAAGCAAAUGAAAGAGAAGAAUGUUAAACCAGACAGAUAUAGCUAUAACGCGAAGUUGCUCGGAUUGACAUUGGAUAAGAGAAUGGAAGAUGCUGUUAAGGUUGUUGAAGAAAUGAAGAGUGAGGGAAUUGAACUUAACACCGUUAGUUACAACGCUUUGAUUAGAGGGUUUGUUAAUGAGGAGGAUCUGGAGGAAGCUAAGCAUUGGUAUGGUGAGACAGUGAGAAGUGGUUUUAAACGAGAUAGAUUGACUUUCGAGAGAUUGAUUCCCUUUGCCCUUCAGAAGGGUGAUUUUAUCUUUGCUUAUGAUGUUUGCAAGGAUGUUCUCUCUAGCAAAUUGCAUUUUCAGGAGGCGUUGAUGCAACCUGUGGUGGAUGCAUUGGCUAAGGAGUCAAAGAUUAAAGAAGCAAAGGAGCUUGUGCAUCUUGGCAAUGCACAUCGUGACUGUUCUUAUAAGUUGAAAUUGCCUUCAAUUUAG